AUGGAAGAAACUGAAAUUGUAAAAGAUGGAGAAAAAUCUAAAGGAGUUAUUUGUCAAGUUAAUGUCUCUGAAGUUUUUGAUAUUAUUGUUCCUUGUAAUGUUGUACUUGAUCAUCUUUCAACCAUGAAUUUGAUUGAUAUGGGCAAAGAUGAGGACAAAAAAAUGGAAGGUGUCAAAAACUGGAUCGAGAGCGCACUACAGUUAGGAAGAAGUUACGUUGUCAGCGACAUUUACAAAUUUGUACAGAACGAAAUAAGAUUAGAAAAGACCAGGACUAUAUUGCGUGGUGAAUUUGAUAUUGUCACUGGUCCAAGUCGAACAGGGAAUGAGCUAAAGCUUACUCGCAGACUUAAUAAAGAACCAACAACUUUAUCAACGAUUAACAACGUUAUUAUUCAUCGAGCGUAA